UGUCUGUCUCCGCGCCUAAAGGCAGGCCGCAGUUCGACGCGCGUUGGAGGUGGGAAUAGUGCAGCAACGCAGUGCGGGAGAGAGAGAGAGAGAGAGAGAGAGAGAGAGAGAGAGAGAGAGAGCAGUGGACUGGAGUGUACAGUAUUAUAAGACAAGGUACAUACUGCACCCCGUGAAGCACCUUCCUUCCUAGUGUGCUGACUCAACCGUUAUCUAAUCUCAGCGUGGAGUGUCAUAAAGAAAUAAUCUUCAUUCUUCACUCGACUUCUCAUUCGAGUUUCUUUGAACUGACAAUAGAGGACGUGUUUUCAAAAGCUUUGAACUGAAGCCUGUGACAAGUUGGAGUACACGUUAUUCUGACACGUGAAAAGGAAAGCUAGAUCUGUGAUUUGGACGAAAGAACAAAUACAUGUUUAUUCGCAACAGCAAAAAAAAACGUUUAUAGGUUAAAAGAUCCUUACUUUGAGUGAUCUAACGACCGUUUCACAUUUUUUUAAACGAACCAUUCGUAAGGUCCUUUGGCCCUAUUCAAACUGAUGUUUAUUGGACAACGAGCCAUUCGUAAAUUAUUUAUCCGCUGUAUCAUCAGAUCUGACUUCGAGGACAGCAAACGACAUGAGAACUCUUCGUGAUCAAAAUCAUCAGUGAAGUCAGAAAGUCAGAAAUUUCCGCUGGCCAGAGCGAGUGACCGAGAGAACAGUAUGGACGGCCUGGAGGACUCCCAGGAUGAUCUGUCGGCCGAUCUGACCACCCCGCUAUUGGGCAGUCGGGUGGUCGGUAACAACAACAACUCCCCCUACCGCCCGGGAAGCGCGAUCGGUGUUCCCAGCACAGUGUUAGAGCCGCCCAACGUGUACCGGAGCCGAUGGCGUUCGAUUCGUGUGAUGUACCUUACCAUGUUUCUGGGCUCUGUCACAUUCACCAUCACCAUGUCCUCGCUGUGGCCCUUCCUGCAAGUC